AUGGGUGUCCCGUUCGAGGCUUUGAUCCCUUAUGGGAUUGUCGUUGUUAUGUUCGGCGUGACCGGAGUCGGUCUCUCGGUUGUUAAGACUUUCGCCAACGACGGAAAGAAGGCACGGUGGAAUCGGGAUCUGUGGGAUAGACAAAUGAUGGAGAGAGAUUUGAGACUUACAGGGGCCUUCCGUGGGCAAUCGACAAACCCUGAGGCGCCGAAGGGCUUCGAAAUCAACAAUCCGUGGAAGGUCGAGAAACGCAUGUUCUAG